AUGAUCGAAUACAUCGUUGUCGCCGUCAUUGUGGGCAUCAUCCUGUGGUGGUUCUUCAAUAAGGUAGGUAAGGCGAGUGUGACUAAACUGGCUUUUUAGAAAGACAGUCAGAUUUCGAUUGGCUACGAGGUGAAUUCUGUCCGACAAGCGAGCAUGGCGGUAAAGUUUUGAGUACUCUUCUCUUGUGUAUGUUAUAACCAAGGUAAUUGUUGUGUUUUAGGAGAAGAAGCCCUCGGAGACCACGGGUGGUGCUUCUGAGUCUGCUCCCGACGGUAGUAAUAUCUCCCCGAAUCCGUAAGUUCGAGGCUUUGAAAUAUUGCUUUUAAUAGAAGUUCGUAGUUAAUUAAGGAAGACAGGAUGAAAAGAGAUUGUUUAAUUUAUGGGUUAAAACAAAAUUAUAGGCAAAAAUCUUUUUUAUAACGUUUUAAUUGAUUUAUAUUGUCUAUGACUUUGAUUUAGAACGUCGGACAAGAAGCACAAGCACCGUCACAAGCACCAUAAGCACAAGAGUGGAAACAAAGGUAACUUGAAGUUUAAAAUAUUUGUAUUUUAUUAAGGCACUAGAAGGAGAUUAGUUGAAUGAACUUAUUCUCUUAAACAUUAUAUGUUGUAGUAAUUACAUUUAUUUUCAGUUUCAAAGAACAAGAAGACCAAGAAGAGCGCAGCGCCAGAUGGAACCACUCCACCACCGUCCUCCUAG